AUGUUCGGCUUUGCUAAAAAGGGUGGAGGUGAUAAAAAAAAUUAAGCAGCACCUGUUCCAGAUGCUAAAUUAAAAUAUGAAAAGACUCUGCAUGAUCUGAGAUCCAGAAAAGAUUAAAUCCAAGACAAUAUUGAUAGGAUCGACUCAAAGGUAGCAAAUUUGGAUCAGGAAAUAAGAUCUUUACUUAGUUAGGGAAAAAAAUAAUAAGCCAGGAAUAAAGUUACAGAAAUGAAAUCUUUACAAAAAUAAAUUGAGCAAAUGUAAACCAAGUUCAAUGUUCUCACUCAAAUGACAAUCCAAAUAGAAACAUUAGAAUAAGAUUAAGGCAUAGCUGAUGCAGUUUUUAAUGCAGCUGAAUUAGGAAAAAUGCAAUAAGAGACCAAUGAUAAGUUAUAAGAUGCUAUGAUGGAUUGGAAUGAAUUUUAAACAUCUUAAUAAGAAACUUCUGAAUUAUGGAAAUAAAUGUCAAACAUGGGAGUCGAUAAUGAAGAAAUUGAUGCAGAAUUUGAGAAAUACAUGCAAGAAGAUGAUUAAUAAAAAGCAUUAAACUUGUAGAAAUAACUCAAUACUGUUCCUUCCAAUUAAAUUCCUGCAUAAUAAUAAAGUUAUUAACAAAAAAAUUAAAAUAAUAUGGACAAAUAGUUAGCAGAAUUAUUAGAUUGAUUAUUAUCAACAUUUAAGUAAAUAAAAUAUUUUUU